AUGGACAACCAGCACUACUUACCCCCUCCAACUUCCAGCCCUCAGACCUUCCAACCUUUCGACGCCACCCGCUGGCUCCUCGACACACAACGACAAUACACUCAAUUCACCCACUACCAACAUCUUCUCUGCCAGAUAUUCCACGCCUCCGAUUACCGGUGGAACGAAUUUCUCUCAUUCUGCGAUGUCUUUAUACAAUCCAGAUUCUCCCACUCAAGCACAUCUGUGUGGAACUUCUACAGCACUCCACAGAUACGCGGAAUGCGAUCGGAGUAUUUAACAGGAGGUCGGAGUUUCACAAACGAAACUGGAGAAAUUUGUAACUGGUUGGCUUUUUGUCUUAGGGAGUUGAGAAAUGACGGUGUUGAAUGGAACUCAGAUGCUACAAGAUCUUCAUCAGGGACGAGAAGAGAGGAAAUUUCAAGUGACAGACAAAAUGAAACUUCGAGUGGAAGAAGAGAGAGAAGAGGGCGAAGAGAGCGAGGACAGGGAGACCGUAAUCCGUCGGUAGAAUGGUGGUGGAAUGGAGAUGUCAUAGAAUUUACCUUGAAUUAG